AUGACUCUGGAUCGGAAUAGUGAGACCUACAACCACUGUAACAGGACACCAACCACUCCUUCAUUGACUCUAGAUCGCAAUUGUGAGACCUACAACCACUGUAACCGGACACCAACCACUCCUUCAUUGACUCUGGAUCGCAAUUGUGAGACCUACGACCACUGUAACAGGACACCAACCACUCCUUCAUUGACUCUGGAUCGCAAUUGUGAGACCUACGACCACUGUAACCGGACACCAACCACUCCUUCAAUGACUCUGGAUCGCAAUUGUGAGACCUACGACCACUGUAACAGGACACCAACCACUCCUUCAUUGACUCUGGAUCGCAAUUGUGAGACCUACAACCACUGUAACCGGACACCAACCACUCCUUCAUUGACUCUGGAUCGCAAUUGUGAGACCUACAACCACUGUAACCGGACACCAACCACUCCUUCAAUGACUCUGGAUCGCAAUUGUGUGAUCUACCUACAACCACUGUAA